AUGUCCGGCGACAACCACAUACAGGUUGCAGCCUUCCCGGCGGCCGAUGUUGUAGUAGUAAUGGUGCCAUUCGUCGCGCAAGGUCACCUGAACCAGCUCCUCCACCUCUCCCGUCUCGUCUCCGCCUACAACAUCCCCGUGCACGUCGUCAGCGCCACUCAUCACAUAGGCCAAGUCCGCUCCCGCCACCAUAGUUUCGACCAACUUUCCGACGACGUCUCCACCCACAUCCACUUCCACGCAUUCCCAACACCUCCCUUCACCACCCCUCCUCCACACACUUCCAUCCCUUUCCCUACCCACCUUCAACCCUCCUUCGACUCCACCCUCCAUCUCCGCCACCCCGUCGCCGACCUCAUACGUUCUCUCUCACAAAUAGCUAAAAGAGUCGCCGUCAUCCACGACGUUCUCAUGUCUUACGUCGUUCAAGACGUCAAGUCGAUACCAAACGCUGAGACUUACGUCUUCCAACCGCCGCCAGCUUUCUACCGAGCCUCCACCCACUGGGAGAAAACCGGCGGACCAUUCCCGGUUGACCUGGAUCUGAUGAAUCGGCUUCCUUCUCGCGAUGGAAUAUCCAGCCCGGAAUUUCUGAAUUUCGUGAUGCUUCAACAAUCCCACCUCAACUUUCACGUAGGAGAAUUAUACGAUUCAUCGAGAGUGAUCGAAGGCAAAUUCAUCGAAUAUCUAGAGAGAGAAGAGAUCUCCGGGAAAACGAAGAUAUGGGCUGUCGGACCAUUUAAUCCUGUAAACGUGAAAGCUUCAAAAAAUCGCCAUGAAUGCUUGCAAUGGCUAGAUAAGCAACCUGCUAAUUCCGUUAUCUAUGUAUCUUUUGGGACGACAACCACCUUUACAGCCGACCAAAUCAGAGAACUAGCCAUCGGAUUGGAAAGAAGCAGCGAAAGGUUCAUUUGGGUGGUUCGACCUGUAGACAUGGGUGUCGAAGAGCAUGGGUUGGUGGAGUUGCCGGAGGGGUUUGAAGAGAGAGUGAAGGGGAGAGGAGUGGUGGAGCGGCGGUGGGCACCGCAGUUGGAGAUUUUGGGUCAUGUUGCCACCGGUGGGUUCAUGACUCACUGUGGUUGGAAUUCGAGCAUUGAGAGCAUAUCCAUGGGAGUUCCGAUGGCCACGUGGCCUAUGCAUUCUGAUCAGCCACGAAAUGGGUUUUUGAUGACGGAGGUUCUUGGAAUUGGUGUGGCGAUGAAGGACUGGGAGCGUAGAAAAGAGUUGGUGACGGCGGAGGUGGUGGAAGACGCUGUUAAGACGCUACUGGCUUCCAAGGAAGGAGAGGAGAUGCGGCGGAGAGUAGAGAAAUUGGUCGGCGAGGUCAAGAAAUCGGUGGAGAAAGGUGGUGCGAGUCGUAAAGAGAUGGAUUCUUUCAUUUCAUACAUUCUUCGUUGA